GAAGCACUUUGUACGCGCUAAAGCUAAAGCUGUUCUCGUGCGCCGUGCACGAAAGAGCUGCACUUCGACGGGCCGUGUACGUGUCCGCGCAAUACCAAUUGGCAUAAAUUUUGCACCACUGGAAAGCCGCGAUCGUCCUCUUGAAAAAGCGCCGUUCACGGAGAAAAUGCGUGUGCGGCUCGCCUAGUUAUUUCGCAUCCGAAUGAGCGGUCUGCCGCGUGCGCCAUAUUUGUCGUCGCGCUGCCCAGGCCGAUCGGCGCCCGUGCGCGGCGAGCAGCGCUGAGGAGGCCCUGCCGGCCGAGCUUAAACGCGCCACGCCGUCAGCCCCCGAGAACCCCCGGAAGAGGACGCGAUGGCGCACCAGGCCAACACGACCAACUUCCUCCUGCAGGACAUGACCGCGGGACGGCAAGUGAUAAAAGUAUUGGCGUCCGACAAUUCGCAGGUGCAGGAAUUCAUCGGCUCGCUGGCGAAUGGCCAGCAGAUCAAGCUGGUGAAGACGACUAGCGGCGGACAACAGACUUUAACAAGCGUGCCACAAGUGGUGAAAACUCAAAAACUUCUAACCACACAAAAUUUACCUGUAGGUGCAAUGACUCAGGGAGUACAAAAAUUAUCCGAUGGUCAAUCGACGACAGUGCGUCGCUUGCAGCCGAUCAGCAGGGUUGUGCAAAGUGCGCCGAAAAUUGCCGUACCUUUGUCACCACAAAUCAAACAUCGGAUGUCGCCGACCAAAUCGUUUCACACAUCGCCGCCGAUUUUGGAUCACACGGGUAGUCGGAAACGCAUAGAAUCGCUGGAUCCUUCCGAUUGUGUGCCCGAAAUCAAACGAAGGAAAAUGGAAAAAGCCGAAAAGGGCUUGCGGCACUUUUCGAGCAGAGUCUGUGAAAAGGUGCGCAAGAAAAAGGCUACCACUUAUAACGAGGUCGCCGACGAACUUGUCAAAGAGUACACCACGCAAAACCCAGAAAAAUACGAUCAAAAAAAUAUCAGACGCCGGGUGUACGAUGCGCUCAAUGUGCUAAUGGCGAUGGGAAUCAUCUCCAAGCAGAAGAAGGAAAUCAAAUGGAUUGGAUUACCGUCUAAUUCUGUUCAGGAGUGCAUUCAGUUAGAGCAAGAAAAGCGCAAGAAAAUGCAAAGCAUCGGUAUGAAAAAGAAGUAUCUCCUGGAGCUGAUCACCAACCUGAUAUCGUUCAAGAACCUCGUGACACGUAACCGUGAACACGAAGAGCUCUAUGGCCGCCCGCCGGCGAGCUCCUGCAUCGAGUUGCCUUUCCUCGUUGUCAAAACGGAAAAAGAGACUGUUAUUGACUGUAGUAUUUCGCAGGACAAGAGGGAAUAUAUGUUUAAUUUUAAUGACAAAUUUGAAAUUCUCGACGAUUCUGAAGUGCUCAAACAACUGGGAAUGUUAAUGGGUCUGGAUGAUGGCACAUGUGAUGCGAAGGCAUUGGAAAAACUCAUGAACUUAGUACCUAGUGAACUUCGCGAAUAUGUUAAACAAAUUGCAAAUUCAGAUUUGCAUAAAUUAGGUCCAAAUGUGCUCGGCGACCCCCACAUCGAUUCAUCCUUGCUGGACGAGGUCAACUCGCACCAGUCAUCCUCGCCGGCGCCUGAGGACUUCUCUGACGACGACAUAGACUCAGACGUGUCCGAUAUGUAAGAAGGCUGAACGUGCGGUGCCGGCCGUCGAUUGCGUCCACGCGACAUCCCUAAACCACUCCCGCCCCACAAGCAAAAGAAACACUACACACAUCCCCAUUCUCACAGUCACACACUAUAUUUACCAAAACACGCGUUAAACAUAUUUUUAAUAAGUAAACGAGCCGCCUGGUCGCGACAAAGCGGAGCCAGCGGACAUAAAUUAGGUUUAAACUAAAACUUGUGUAACGGAACGAAAAUAGGACUGAGAAGACAAAGUAAUGAAUGUUACAGUGAGUGGCAUGCGAUGCAGUGUGCGGGAAAUGCCGGUGAAGGAGUGGAUGAGGAGCGGCGCGAUGCAUGCCAGUGGGGGAGAAGAAAAUGAAUAUUUUUUAUAUAUGAAAUGCAUUAGAUUCGUCUUCACAGUAGCACGCUUUUUCUACGAGAAACGAGCAAAUGUUUCGUUCGACUUACAAGACAAUAGUUAGGGGAACGGAUGAAGAACGGAGAGGUACGGAAAUGAAUUUUUGCAAAAACAAAAACGCGCACCGAAAAAAGUACAUUAUUGUUUGAAAAACACUUCAAAUGUAUAUUAUGUUUUACUACUGGCUGUUCCAUAAGUAAACGCCUCAUAUUCACACAAUAUCGUUCCUGACAUUUUUUGAUUAUGAUGGUUAUGGAGUAGCCAGAAAUUACCAUUUAAUUAAUUUACGUACGUUGUUUGUCAUUUAUUUACGCUUUGAAUUUUCUUAUGUUGAAGAAAAUUAUAAAAAUCAAUUGAUUUGUCUCUUGGUGCAAAAUCAAAUUUUGUAAAUUUAUCACCGUUUAAUUUUUGAAUCUUGUUUUUAGCUUCAUGUUCGAUCGGUAAUCGAAUUUGACGAGAGUAGAAUGUCACCAGACGAAAUAUUAUAUUUUCAUUAAUUAUCGCAUAUUAUUACUUAUUCUAGAUGCAUAUUAUUUUGUUCUAAUAAAUUUUAUUGAUUUGUACAAACAAUGCAAGCCGCCAAACAAUGUGGCGCAAAAAAAGGAAAUUCAUGUUAAGUAUUUAAGUUUAAGCGCUUAUUUUGAUCGAAAAUAUCUUACCAGCGCAGCGUAUCUUUUUAUUGAUUAGUUUGUCAUAAUUUUGUACAUACAACUUAUACAUAUAUAUUUUUGAAACCAAUUGCAUGUUGCAAAUGGUCUGAGAACAGUCGUGGAGAGAAGAGAACACCUAGAUGCGCUUAGGGGCAACUAUUUAUGAUACUACGCGGUUAGAUUGCAUUACUGUCAUUAAUAUUGAACCGUCGACCGGGAACGAACUUUGAAUUCAAGUUUUACACGAAACAAGCAAACCAAUAUUUGUCCAGAACACACACUACCGUCGUCGCUUCAGUGCAACUUUUUGACCCUGAAGAGCUCCAAAUUUCCUUCUUGCGUUUUGCCUUUUCGUAAUAUUUAGACAUGAACAAAGAACUCAUAAGAGGUUCGAACUUUGAGAAAUUUGAAGAUUGAAAUUUUUAAAAAGUGAUAUUAUCAAGUGCUUGUAUAAAUUACAAUGUAAACAAAACAAACGUAACUAGCGUUGGUUAAUAAGGAGACGACAGAGAGCUGGUCAGAUUUUUGUAGUGGACCAACUAUUUUUGAAUAGCGUUUCGAGAUGCGUAUUUCUUCGCCCAAUCUUCCCUAACGGUUACACCUUUUUCGAGAAAAACGAGAGUAAUACAAUAACAUUGAGACAUAUUUGAAUGUUCCAACAAACACAUACAAUAAAUAAAGUCAACAAAUAAAACACUA